CCCCAAGCCCUCAUUAACAGGAGAGACACUUGUUUGAUCCAACGAUCCCAAGCUCAGUUUCGUGUGGUCAAUGACACAAAACUAAGGACAUGAAACUACUUUUAGGGUGUUCUGCCUUUUUAUCGAAUUCAGAGUACUGUAAUGCUGUGAUCAAUGGUACAUCCGGGUCAUUCGCAACUCCCCCUGGUGGCUACAGUCCCAACAUGGCAUGCACAUACACCAUCAACACUCCCACGCCAGCUGAACUCCACUUCACCUUCGAGGAAUUUGACAUUGAGAGUGCAAGCAGAUGCAUGUACGACGCCGUUACCAUGGGCGAAGACAGACUGUGUGGAAGCAACCCCGGCAGCAAGACAUACCAAUCUGAUGGAACCUUUGUGAUCACCUUCACAUCUGACGGCUCCGUGCAAAGGGAAGGUUUCUACAUGUCCUUCACAUCAUCGCCAGUGGCAUAAACAGACUGACCUACACCGCGAGAUCUAGUUGACAACAAUAUGAGUAAAUAAACUCCAUGUGCUCUA